AUGUGGUUCCUCCCCCCCUUCCCGCCGCGAUGGUUCCGCCCGGUCCGUCGCUGGGUCCGUCCCGGCGGGAGCCGCUUCCGGUUAUGGCGGCGGCGGCGGCGGUCGGGGGGGGGCCGAGGCCUCUGGGGGCGCCUCGCGGAGAGUCGGAUCGGGCGCUGGUGGCGGGCGUUGCUGCAGGACUACGCGUCGGCGACGCGGGAGGCGGCGCUGGGGGCUCGUCGCCGUCCCGGUGCGGCGGCCGGUUCCCUGGCGGGGUUGGCGGGAGCGGUCGCCUGCGCCGCCGCCGUCCCCAGCGCCGAAUCCUUCGAAGCGGCGACGGUGGAAGCGGCCGGGACGCUCCUGCUCCUCUCCCCCGGCACACGCAGCCCUUCCGCCGACCGGCACGUCCAACGCCUGCUGCGGCGUCGCGAAGCCGGCCGGUUACGUUACCGCAACUUCCUCUUCUUGGCGGUGGUUUACGAAGACCCCCACGCCGACGACGCGGCGCUCUACCUGGCGCGGUGCCGGCAUUUACGGCCACGGUGGAGGGAGCUGCCCGGUCGCCUCUUGGACGUGGGGUUCUGGGGGCGUUGGUGGGUGCUGGGGGCCCGGUUGCGCGACUGCGACAUCAACGAGGAGGAAUUUGGGGGGCUGCCGGCCCGGCUGCGCCGCCUGGACCCCCACCAGCUCCGCUCCCACCGAAAUGAGAGCCAAUUCCUGGAGAAAUUCCGGCCCGUUGCCCUCACCGAGGAGGACAUCCGGCGCGCCGAGAGCGAGGAGGCGGCGGGGGGACGCACCGAAGGCUCGCGGCUCGACGGCGACGCCGGGGAUUCGUAACCGGGACCCCCCUGCCCGGCGUCGGCACGUUCAGCUCGUUAACGCCGCUGAAUUCUCGUUUGUGACUCCUCGUUUAUUUAAUUUUCCUUCACAACUCCUUAACGCAGCCGGAUCCUGAUGGAUUUACCCGCCGGCCGUUCGUUAAGGCGACUUAUUAUUAAUUUUAAAUGUUAAGACGUCUCUCUUUUUCCGUGCGCCUCCCUAAUUACCCAUCAGCCGUUCGUUAAGACGUUCAUUAAGGCAUCGACGCACCUGCCCCCCCCCAAAUUAUUCAUCGCCGGCGGUGAGGUGACGGUUCGCCGCC